GAAAUCCCUCUGACUGUAGGUUCAUAUUAUUUAGACAAGCCCUCUUUCAGAAGUAAAUGCCAUUCUUAGCAUAGGGAAGUACUUUAGGUCUAAAGGGGUUAAGAAGGCCUCCUUCCAUUCAGAAACAUGCAGGGGUCCCACCGUGGCAGUUCCAGCCUUUAAAACUCUUUCCAGCUUUUUUUUUUCUCUUCCCUACUAACAAAUCUGUACGACUGCCACCAGGACAUAAGAAGUGUGUGCCUGUCACAGAAAUAGAGUUUACUUUUUCCAACUUCUUGUUGCGAGGCAGGGUAUAAAUACAGCCAACUCUGGCUUGGACGAAGAGCCUUUCGCUUAAAAUAAGGGGAUACUUCUAAGACUUUUAAUCCUACGAGGUCCAGAACAGACUGCAUCAUCGGCACCAAAGUAGAAAAGAAGUCUGGGAGAGCUGAAAGAAAGCAGGUGUAGAUGGCUCCUUUGUUUUAACCUCUUUUUUAAAAAAUCAGGCUCAGAGUCACACCCAGACGUGGCCUUCCAUCCAAUUGUUGAUUUUAAUUUUUGUUCCAAAAAAAAAAAUACCUCUGGAGCUACUCUGAAAUGACCUUUUUCAAACUUUUCACACGAUGGAUAUGGAUAUGGAUACUGUCAGGGGAAAGCCUUAUCCUUUUACUUCUCGAGUUUCCUUUCCAAGGUACUGCAUUGCCUCCGAUUCGGUAUUCUCAUGCUGGGAUAUGUCCAAAUGAUAUGAAUCCCAACCUCUGGGUGGAUGCCCAGAGCACCUGCAGGAGGGAGUGCGAAACUGACCUGGAAUGUGAGACCUUUGAAAAAUGCUGUCCGAAUGUCUGUGGGACAAGGAGCUGUGUGGCAGCCCGAUACAUGGAUGUCAGGGGAAAGAAAGGACCCGUGGGGAUGCCCAAAGAGGCUACAUGUGAUCGCUUCAUGUGCAUCCAACAAGGUUCUGAGUGUGAUAUCUGGGAUGGACAACCUGUUUGCAAAUGCAAAGACAGAUGUGAAAAAGAGCCCAGUUUUACAUGUGCAUCAGAUGGACUCACUUAUUACAACAAGUGUUACAUGGAUGCAGAAGCAUGCACCAAGGGUAUUACCCUCAAUGUGGUGACAUGUCGCUAUCAUCUCACCUGGCCAAAUACCAGCCCUAUCCCUUCAGAGACAACUGCUCAUCCCACCACUGCCUAUUUAGAGACAACCAUCACUGAUAUCCUUCCACCUGUACUUGUCAACAACCCAGCUCACCAAUCUGUCUACGUAGGAGAGACUGUCAGCUUUCUAUGUGAUGUUUCUGGGCGGCCUAAACCAGAAAUCACCUGGGAGAAGGAGACUGAGAAAAAUGAAAAGAUCAUUAUGAGGCCCAACCAUGUCCGUGGGAACAUUGUGGUCACCAACAUUGCCCAGCUAGUGAUCUACAACACACAACUGCAAGAUGCGGGCAUCUAUACUUGCACAGCCAAAAAUGUGGGUGGCAUUCUCAGGGCAGAUUUCCCACUCUCAGUACUCAAAGAGGAGGCUACCUCUAUGGAAACAACCCAGAAUAAAACACACUUUCCAACCGACGAGUGUCUCAAGCAACCUGACAGUGAAGACUGCGGGGAGGAGCAAACCCGAUGGUAUUAUGAUGCCAAGAAAAACAACUGCUUCACUUUCAUCUAUGGAAACUGUAACAGCAACCUGAAUCACUUCGAGACCUAUGAAAACUGCAUGUUGACUUGCAUGAAUGGCCCCAUCAAUGUCUGCAACCUGCCAGCCCUCCAAGGUCACUGCAAAGCCUAUGAGCCCCGGUGGGCCUACAACAGCUUGACGAAACAAUGCCAGUCUUUCAUUUAUGGAGGUUGUGGAGGCAACGAGAAUAACUUUGAGAGCAAAGAGGCCUGUGAAGAAAUGUGCCCUUUCCCUAGGAACAUGCACUGCAAAGCUUGCAAGGCUUGCAGGCCACGCCAAAAGCUGGUGACCAGCUUCUGCAAAAGUGAUUUUGUUAUCCUGGGUCGUGUGACCGAAUUGACGGAGGACCAAGACUCAGGACAUGCAUUGGUGACUGUGGAGGAGAUUCUAAAGGAUGAGAAAAUGGGACUUAAAUUCCUGGGCAGGGAGCCUCUAGAAAUUACUCUCUUAAACAUGAACUGGAGCUGCCCAUGCCCCAACAUAACUGCAGCUGAUGGUCAGCUCAUCAUAAUGGGCGACGUCCACAAUGGAAUGGCUGUUCUGCAGCCAGACAGCUUUGUGGGGGCCUCUAGCAUCCGGCGGGUGCGGAAGCUGCGCGAGGUCAUCCACAAGAAAACCUGCGAGCUACUAAAAGAGUUCUUAGGACUACACUAAUAUCCUUUUUUCCCAUCUUUCCAGGUCUGUGUUAUUAUAUAGUGCUAACAAAAGGUAGUCUAGCCUAGAAAAAAUUGAAAGGCAAAAUUGUUUGCCGAUAGAUGUUAUGCGUUAUUACACAGAAGCCAUAUAUUAACUCAUUAAUUAUGUGUAGUAAUGAGGCAGAAGCCUUUUUGGCAAGCACUUAAAAUAGCAGCAAACAGCUAUUAGUCUUUAGAUUUCAAUCCUUCUAUUUGCUUAGAAAUGCCAUCUGGCAAUCAUCACAUAAUACCAAUGCAGCUUCCUCCAUAAAAGACCAAAUUCAUAGCAUUAUCUCUGGUUCAGAGCUAAAUCACAUACACUAUCAUCCUAAUGAUAAUUGCUCUCAUUACACAUAUAGAGACAUUUGUAAAAAAAAACCUGAAAUGUCUAAUAUUGCAAGAGAAGAAGGUGUAAAUUGUUGCAUAUGUUCACAAUAAUUAUACCAGUUAAACCACUCCAUCACAAAAUCUGUUGUUACAUUACUGCUGCCAUAUACAUUCAAGUCAUUUCUGAUAUAUGGUGACUCUAAGAUGGAGCUAUCCUGGGAUUUUCUUGCUGCAAUUUGUUCACAGGAGGCUUGUCAUUGGCUUCCUCUGAGCCUGAGAGAGGUGACUUCCCAAGGUCACUCAGUGGUUUCUAUCACAGAACAGGGAUUUUAAUGCUAGUCUCACAGUGUCCACCUCCCAGUCUCCACCCAUAACUGGCCUAUCACUUACUGUAGUUUAGUGGCAGAGGUUAUGGACACUGUCUAAAAUCAUGUUCCAAAGCACAUUUAGGUAAAACCACAACUCCACUAUGACAGGGGAAAAAAUACCUCUGCCGCCGCCACUACCAGUAGUACGAGCAAGCACUGGAACAGAUGUUCUGAUUUGGUGGAAAAUAGCUCCUCUAUGUGAACAACUAAAUUCUUACCUCUUUAUUGAAAAAAAUAGCCUGGAAUGCUGGAAAAUCGUUUAUCUCUGAAAAUUCAUUAUAACAAGGCCACUACACUAGGGUAAUUUUUAGAAACAACGGCAAAAGCAGCAGCAGCAGCAACAAAACAGCCCCCAUCGAAACAUUAAUCAUGCAUGACACAAGGGAAGAUUAUUAAUUGACACUCACAAAUAUUGUCAUUUCUUUGCAGGCCUACAUUUCACUCUUUCAGGUGGUAAAUGGUUAGGAAAAGGCAGUUCACCUACACCAGUGGUCUGCAAGAACUAAAAUGUGGUCUGUGGCCUCACUAUUACUACAGCAUUGCAAUGAGAGCGACUGGUCUCACAAAACCCUCUUAUAGUGGUGAGGCUUAUUAAAUAUGGUUUUCUGUGGGCGAGCAGAUGGCAACUACUGGAUGGCAUAUGUUCUGUAUCAGAAACUAGAGCUGAUGUGGUCUAUCCAAUGCAAUUUUCUAGAUCAGCACCCCAAAUAACCAAACCAAAUUUAAAGCUGACCAAGAAUUGAUUUGCAACCCUUUUGGUACUAAUGUUAGAGAGUGGUCCCUGGACAAGUAGUCCCUGGUCAAAAAAGGGUUGGGAACCACUGACCUACACUGAGUCUGGGCUCGAGGGAGGAGACAACAAAGAAGAACAAUCAUGCAAGUCUGUUUCAUAAUGGUUCAAAAUAACAGUUGAACAUACUUAGACAAAAAGGUAUGAAGUGGGAAACAUUCACAAGAGAAAGGAAAGAUGCUGGAAGAUUAUAUUUGUCUACUGAAAGUCAACCUGGGGAUACUCUAAACUUUAGAUAAUGUUCUUGUAUAGUCCUGAGGAAGGCCUUAGAAAAAUCAAUGAGCUUAGAAAAAUCAUUGGGCUUUUCAGCCAAUAAACAUAAUCUCCCAUCA